AUGUCGAAACGGUCAGCCACCAACGAUCUCGAGGACUCCGGGCGCCGUGCCGCCAAGAUCAACGAAGACUCGGUGCCAACCUCCAUACGUGAGGCUUCCAAUGGUGCCGAAGAUGCGGAAAUGGGCGAGUUCGAGGACCCUUACGGAGACGAUUUUGAGAGCGACGAAGAGAUCAUCGAGGUAGAUUCCGAUGGAGUUGGCGAAGAAAUGGACGAGGAAGAUAAGAGUGGUGACGUGGAGAUGCAAAAAGAUACACAGAAAGCUCAGGAACCGGAAAUAUAUUUACCCCACAAGUCCAAACCUUUGGGACCCGAUGAAGUGCUUGAAGCUGAUCCUUCAGUCUACAAUAUGCUCCACAAUAUCAAUCUUCCAUGGCCGUGUUUGACGGUGGAUAUUUUGCCCGACAAUCUCGGUUCGGAAAGACGGUCUUUUCCCGCCAGUCUCUAUGUUGCAACUGCUACCCAGGCAUCCAGAUCCAAAGACAACGAACUUAUCAGCAUGAAAUUGUCUUCGCUUGCCAAGACUCUAGUCAAAGACGAAGAUGAAGACGACGAAGAUGACGACGAUGACGACGACGACUAUGACGUAGACCCCAUCAUGGACAGCGAGCAAAUUCCUCUCAAGCAUACCACCAAUAGAAUCCGAGUUUCUCCCCAUUCUCUUGAAACAGGCGAGUACUUGACGGCGACCAUGUCUGAGAGUGGUGAAGUGUUGAUAUACGACUUGGCACCCCAAAUGAAGGCGUUCGAUACUCCUGGGUAUAUGAUUCCCAAGCAGGCAAAACGUCCAAUUCACACAAUUCGAGCCCAUGGAAAUGUCGAGGGCUACGGGCUCGACUGGUCUCCCUUGAUAAAUACAGGUGCUCUUCUCACGGGAGACUGCUCUGGAAGAGUGCACUUGACGUCCAGAACCACCAGUAGUUGGACCACCGACAAGACCCCAUUUACCGCUUCUCAGGCAUCUAUAGAAGAUAUCCAGUGGUCUACCGGCGAGUCUACGGUGUUCGCCACGGGAGGAACAGACGGCUAUGUUCGUAUUUGGGACACUCGAUCCAAGAAACACAAACCCGCAAUCAGCGUUGCGGCUUCCACCACAGACGUAAAUGUCAUUUCUUGGUGUGAAAAAAUCAACUAUCUUCUUGCCUCGGGCCACGAUGAUGGGUCGUGGAGUAUCUGGGACUUGCGUAAACUCUUCAACGGUAAGGAGCAACCAUCACCCGUGGCUAACUACGAUUUCCAUAAAUCGCCUAUUACGUCGAUUUCCUUCAACCCGCUCGACGAGUCUAUUCUUGCAGUUUCUUCCGAGGACAACACAGUGACGUUAUGGGACUUGGCAGUGGAAGCCGACGAUGAAGAGAUCAAAAACCAGCGAAACGACUUCAAAGAACUCCAUGAUAUUCCUCCACAAUUGCUCUUUGUGCACUGGCAACGAGAUGUCAAGGAUGUUAGAUGGCACAAGCAGAUUCCAGGAUGCUUGGUUUCCACUGGAGGAGACGGGUUGAACGUCUGGAAAACCAUCUCGGUCUGA